UAAAAGUAGACAGGCCUAAAAAUCGAGUCAAACAGCUGGCUAGCGACAAGAAACGCUUUCCGACAGCUAAUUCAGUGUCUACUUGUUAACAAAAACCGGUCUCGUUAGCCUUUCAACGCGACUUCAAGUCGUCGAGGUGUUUGCGUCUCGUCAAGGCAGCAGCAAUGGCGUCGACUGGCGCCGCACAGAAUCCACAUGGACUGAAGACGACGAAUCUUGGAGAAAUAUGGGCGGACUUGGAGUCUGGCAUCAGACAGAUCUUCAGUCGCAGCAGUAUGGCGAAGAAACGCUACAUGGAGCUGUACACCCAUGUUUAUAACUAUUGUACGAGUGUGCAUUCGUCUAGUCAGUCAUCUGUCCGAUCGACAAAGGGCAAGAAGGGUCACCAGGGAGGAGGGGCACAAUUUGUUGGCCACGAGUUAUACAAGAAACUGAAGGAUUUUCUUGAAGAGUACUUGGUCACCCUGGAAAAUGAUGGUGAGGACCUGAUGGAUGAGUCUGUGUUGUCCUUCUACACAAAGCAGUGGGAGGAGUAUCAGUUUUCCAGUAGAGUUCUCGACGGAGUUUGUCAGUAUCUGAAUAGACACUGGGUGAGAAGGGAAUGUGAUGAGGGGCGGAAAGGAAUUUUUGAAAUCUAUUCAUUGGCAUUGGUCACGUGGAGAGAUUUCCUUUUUAAACCGCUACAUCAGCAGGUCACCAGUGCUGUUCUGAAAUUAAUCGAACGAGAGCGAAACGGUGAACCUAUCAAUACAAGACUAAUCAGUGGCGUCAUCAAGUGUUACGUGGAGCUGGGUCUCAAUGAAGAUGAUCCCACUAGUCGUGGUUCUACAGUCCAGGUGUACAAGUCAGCGUUUGAGGAACAAUUUCUGGCCGACACGGAACGGUAUUACACAGCUGAGAGCACGCAGUUUUUGCAAGAUAAUCCGACGACAGAAUAUUUGAAGAAGGCGGAGACCAGACUAACUGAAGAACACAGAAGAGUGACGGUGUACUUACAUCAGAGUACACAGGAUGUGCUGGCACGCAAGUGUGAGCUUGUACUCAUCGAGAGGCACAUGGAGCUUUUUCAAACAGAAUUCCAACACUUGCUUAUGGACUACAAAUGUGAAGAUCUUGGUCGAAUGUUCGCUCUUUGUGCGAGAGUACAGAAUGGGCUGACGCAACUCAAAGUACUCCUUGAGGAACACAUACAUCAACAGGGUCUGGAUGCUGUUGAGAAGUGCCAAGAAACAGCAAUGACUGAUCCUAAAGUUUAUGUGCUAACAAUAUUGGCCGUUCAUCAGAAGUACAAUGCUCUCGGGAUGUCCGCAUUUGGAAAUGAUGCGGGAUUCGUGGCGGCUUUGGAUCGGGCAUGUGGUCGCUUUAUUAACACGAACAGUGUGACUCGUGCUGCGCAGAGUUCAUCCAAAAGUCCUGAGCUGCUGGCACGCUACUGCGACACUUUGUUGAAAAAGAGUGCAAAGAAUCCUGAAGAAGCUGAGCUGGAAGAUUCAUUGAAUCAAGUGAUGAUUGUGUUCAAAUAUAUCGAUGACAAAGACGUCUUUCAAAAGUUUUAUGCUAAAAUGCUUGCAAAGCGGUUAGUACAACAGAGUUCAGUUUCGGAUGACGCUGAAGCAACAAUGAUAUCAAAACUGAAGCAAAUGUGUGGGUUUGAGUACACGUCGAAACUUCAACGGAUGUUCCAAGACGUCGGUUUGAGCAAAGAUUUGAAUGACAGAUUUAGGACUCACUUGCAAAAGUCGGAGCCUCUUGACAUUGAUUUCUCAAUUCAAGUUCUAAGUUCGGGCUCGUGGCCGUUUCAGCAAUCGCCGUCAAUCGCUCUUCCAACAGAAUUGGAGAGAAGUUAUCAUCGUUUCACCAUGUUCUACAGCAGCCAGCACAACGGACGUAAGCUAAACUGGCUCUUCCAGAUGUCGAAGGGCGAGCUUGUGAUGCACGGCUUUAAGAAUCGAUACACACUGCAAGCGUCGACAUACCAAAUGAACGUGCUGCUGCAGUACAACUCGGGUGAUUGGUUUACUGUCGAGCACUUGGAGGCUGCCACACAGUUGAAGCAAGAGAUCCUUUUACAAGUAGUCAACACGUUACUGAAGUUUAAGCUUAUGACCUGUGAAGACGAGACUAUUACAGAAUCAUCCGUUAUCAGGCUGUUUCGGGGCUAUAAAAACAAAAAAUUAAAGGUUAAUAUCAAUGUUCCAUUAAAAGCAGAACAGAGACAAGAACAAGAGCAGACGCACAAAACAGUUGAGGAAGACAGGAAGCUAUUAAUUCAGGCAGCUAUUGUACGGAUAAUGAAAAUGCGAAAGGUCUCUAAACACCAGCCGCUUCUGGCGGAAGUAAUAGCCCAACUGUCACAUCGUUUCAAGCCUCGAGUUCCUGUAAUCAAGAAGUGCAUAGAUAUAUUGAUUGAGAAGGAGUACUUGGAGAGAGUAGACGGUCAGAAGGACACGUACAGCUACUUGGCAUAGUGUGACUGUAAGAGAGUGUAAAUCUAUUCGCUGAGUAAUUGUUUUAUAUUGCAAUAGACACAGCUGUGGUGCGGCCAUCGUUUUGGUUACUGCAGGAAACAGUUGUGGGUUACCUAUA